CUUUGUGGUUUUGUGUCAUUGUGUAUAUGUUGGCCAUUGAUCGUGCCCACUGCAGGGGAGACCAAAACAACUCUGCUCUGCCAAGACUGUAAACAUCGUUUAAAAAAAAAUUAUACUCCAAUACACACUGUUGUUCCAUGUCGCAAAGAGUGGGGCACAAAGAGAGAGAGCAACUGCGUAAUUUCUCAUCACCCUAUAGCCCUAGCUGCGCUUUACAAUAAAUCAUUGCAGCUGAAGCAUGAAGGUUACCUAUUUAUGUAGUAAGUCUAUUACCUCAUGAUUGUUUUGUGUUUACUGGCUUUUGGAAGACUCUGGGUUGUAGAGGAUGUGCAAGCGCAGCCCCUUUCAUACCGAAUGGGUUUAAGCAGCAUCCCCCGGCAGUGCAGCUUCUGGUUGGAGGAGCGCAGCCUCGGCAAAAUCAGCCCCUGCAGAACCCCGCUGGAGCGUCGCCGGUCACGCACCGUACAGGCACACAACUCAGCAACCAGCCACAGUAAUGGGGGAGAACAUACCCUAAUGUAGGAUCGUGUCUUCUGGACCUGUCUGACCCUAUAGUUUUGGACGUUAUUCAAUUUCAAGUGGCCGAACGUCUUGAAUGAGAAUGAAUAAAGGGGGCCCUCGGUCGACCACAUCGCUUCCACCGGAGCCGGUGGAAAUCAUCCGUAGCAAGUCGCACUCCCGUCGGGUGACACUCAAUGUUGGUGGUCUUCUCCACGAAGUUCUAUGGAGAACGCUGGACAGGUUGCCCCGAACAAGGCUGGGCAAGCUACGAGACUGUAACACCCACGAGUCACUCAUGGAGAUAUGCGAUGACUACAGUUUGGAUGAUAAUGAGUAUUUUUUCGACAGACACCCUGGGGCUUUCACGUCCAUUCUGAAUUUCUCCCGCACGGGAAAGUUGCACAUGAUGGAGGAGAUGUGUGCUCUGUCUUUCAGUCAGGAGCUGGACUACUGGGGUAUAGAUGAGAUCUACCUGGAGUCCUGCUGCCAGGCCAGGUACCACCAGAAGAAGGAACAGAUGAAUGAGGAGCUCAAACGAGAGGCUGAGUCUAUGAAGACCAGGGAAGGCGAGGAUUUUGAUACCACAUGUUGUUUUGAGAAGCAAAAGAAACUUUGGGAUCUCCUGGAGAAGCCUAGUUCAUCGUUAGCUGCUAAGGUCCUGGCCAUCAUCUCCAUCCUCUUUAUCGUGCUGUCAACUAUUGCCUUGUCUCUGAACACCCUCCCGGAGCUGCAGGACAUAGACGAGUUUGGCCAGGUGACAGACAACCCUCAGCUGGCUCACGUGGAGGCGGUGUGCAUCGCCUGGUUCACAAUGGAGUAUUUGCUCCGCUUCAUCUCCUCGCCAAGCAAGUGGAAGUUCUUCAAGGGUCCGCUGAACAUCAUUGACCUGCUGGCCAUCCUGCCCUACUACGUCACCAUCUUCCUGACUGAGUCCAAUAAGAGUGUUCUACAGUUCCAGAACGUCCGGAGGGUGGUGCAGAUCUUCCGAAUAAUGCGUAUUCUGCGUAUUCUGAAGCUAGCCAGGCAUUCCACAGGGCUCCAGUCUCUGGGCUUCACCCUGAGGAGGAGUUACAACGAGCUGGGCCUGCUCAUCCUCUUCUUGGCCAUGGGCAUCAUGAUCUUCUCCAGUCUCGUCUUCUUCGCUGAGAAGGACGAAGAGGACACUAAGUUUAAAAGCAUCCCGGCCUCCUUCUGGUGGGCCACCAUUACUAUGACUACGGUGGGGUAUGGCGACAUAUACCCAAAGACUUUAUUGGGCAAGAUUAUUGGGGGUCUGUGCUGCAUAGCUGGAGUGUUGGUGAUAGCCUUGCCCAUCCCCAUCAUCGUCAACAACUUCUCAGAGUUCUACAAGGAGCAGAAGAGGCAAGAAAAGGCCAUCAAGAGGCGGGAGGCCCUGGAGAAAGCCAAGAGAAACGGCAGCAUUGUCUCCAUGAACAUGAAGGAGGCGUUCGCACGUAGCGUCGAGCUCAUGGACGUAGUGGUAGAAAAUAAUGGAGAGAACAUGGGGAAGUUGCAGGGCAACCACCUGUCUCCCAGCUACAGGAAAGGGACUCCCAAGCGGACUACCUCAGAGACGGUUUCCGCCAAGUCCCUGGAGCCCAGCUCACCAGACAAAGCCCGUCCUGGAAGCCCUCAGCACCUCAACGCUCAGAAACUGGAGGAGAUGUACAACAGGAUGGCCAAGACCCAAUCUCAACCUAACCUUAACAACAAGGACAAGAGACCUUUAUCUAAAGCAGCCAAGAAGAGAGAUGAGAUAGAGAUGGGAAGCAUCCCCACGGAGCCUGCCCCAACCACAGAUAUGAGGAGCAUGUCCAGUAUUGACAGCUUCAUGAGCUGCGCUGCCGAUAUCACAGAAAGCGCCCGCUUCCCCCACAGCCCCAGCACCAGUGUACCAGGGAGGGUUAGCGCCAAUCCCGUGCUUGAGAUCACCCUGGAGGAUGAGGCCAUGGACGGCCCUCACACUGCUACCAAGUUCCCUCGAGGACGAGGCUCUAAGUGCGGCCUCCCUGACAGCCCCCGUGGAAUGCGCUUCAGUAACCCUCUCAAGAACCGCUCACUCAAGGUCAACUUCAAAGGUGGAGGCGCGGACCCCUCCUCCUCCUUCUCAGCACAGGGUCCAGGGGGUGGGGCCCUCUCAGAUAGCUCCGCCCUCUCUGACCACUCCUUCAUGAGUCCUGAGGUGUCUGUCUACACCACCGCCAGCAGCAGGACCCCACCCCAUGAGACCCUGAUCCCCACAGUCUUCACAUUCCACGACGCUUCCAUUAGUAAGUUCAUCGACGCUGACACAGACGAGGAGGAGCACCUCCAUGAUGGCUCAGGCACCAACCCCUCCCAGAGGCUCCUAGGAAAAGCCAGCCCCAAGCUCAGCUCCCAUAGCAGCCACCACAUUGCAGCCAACCACCUGGAGGGCUCCCAGAGGAUGCUGGCUAAUAGUGUGUUCCCCUUGGAGGGCAGGCCAGGGGGGGGACAGGAGAACCAUGUGCUCUCCCGGGUAGAGAGGAGUUGUUCAAACACCAAUAAUGAGAGCAAGUGAGGCAGGAGGAGGGAAAAUGUAGUAUAGAGAGCACCCAAACAGGAGGACAUGGUGCAAAUACUACAGAGAAAUAAAAGAAAACAUGAACUCUAACUCAUACCAGGAGCUGCACCUCUACUCACUUGAGUAAAAGGCACUGAAAAUAAUAUGCCAUUUCGCAGACGCUUUUAUCCAAAGCGACUUACAGUCAUGUGUGCAUACAGUCUACGUAUGGGUGGUCGUGGGAAUCGAACCCACUACCCUGGCGUUACAAGCGCCAUGCUCUACCAACUGUGCUACAGAAGGACCACAUUUGGCAUUUUGUUUUGGUUUGUAACAAAUGCCCAAUAAGUAGGACUUUUGGGACACAGGAAGGAGCUCACUCUUCCUUCCUUUUCCUGCUACUUGAGUGCAUAGACUGUCAGGAUGGCAGCAAAAUUACUGAAGGCAUUGGGAGAUGCUACUGUGGGACUGAGAAAGAGAGGGUGCAUUGCUGUGUCCAAAGGGGAUACACAUAACUCUGCAGAAUCAGGUCAUGCACUGUAGAUUUAGCCAUUACUGAAUCAACAUUGUGUUAAGAGAAAUUUAGUUUGUUUUCUUCCUCAAAACUGGCCUAAGUUACAGUAUAUGCGACUGUGUGUAUGCAUAGCAUGUGUGCGUGUGCUUGUAUGUCUGUGAGUGUAUGUUUAUGCAUGAUGAUAGGCAGAUAAACAUACACAUACACACACGGGCAUACAUAAUUUCAUGUAUAUUAUUUUUCCAUUAUUUUCUAAAAAAAAAGUAAAUAGCAUAAUUUCUUUGGUCUGUUAUUUUGUGAUGCUGUCUAAGAGGUGAACUUUCAUCCCUGUUGUAAUGGUCAGCCAUUACAGAGGUCACAGCCACUGUCAUAUCCUGUCUGUUUCCCCAUUCCCAUCAUGCCCUAUUCCUGGCAUGAGAUAGUGAAAAAUGUGAUGAGUGAUAAAUAUUUUAAAUUCUGUACAGUGUAUUCGUUGUUGUUUUGUUUGUUUACUUAUGUGUUUGUUUUUGAUUGUUUGGGGGGUUUUAUGCAGACAGGUGAUAUUUACACACAGAAAACAGGAUAAGCUGGGUUCCUUUAUGUUUUAAUACUCUCUCAGAUGUGUGGUUGUGGUUGGUUGUCAUGAAUCAUAUCCAAUCACAGUUGCUACUGGGGAGGGGAUAAACAGCAUCAGCCCAUUAUCAGCCCGAAAACGUCAUCCUGGCACAUUUUUGCAAAAAAGUAAAAUGUACCUGAUGUUUUUCUCAAUACAUUGCAGUCAAUGGGAAAAAGUUUGUGUCACAUGGUUGACGUUUAAUUUAAUAUCGCAGUCAAUGGUAAAAAGUUUGUGUCACAGGGUUGACGUUUAAUUUAAUAUUGCAGUCAAUGGUAAAAAGUUUGUGUCACAUGGUUGACGUUUAAUUUAAUAUCGCAGUCAAUGGUAAAAAGUUUGUGUCACAGGGUUGACGUUUAAUUUAAUAUUGCAGUCAAUGGUAAAAAGUUUGUGUCACAGGGUUGACGUUUAAUUUAAUAUUGCAGUCAAUGGGAAAAAGUUUGUGUCACAUGGUUGACGUUUAAUUUAAUAUUGCAGUCAAUGGGAAAAGAUGAGUGUCACAGGGUUAACUUUUAUCUCAAUACUUUGUAAUCAAUGGGAAAAGAUGACUGUCACUCCAAGUGGCACAGUGGUCUAAAGCACUGCAUCUCAGUGCUAGAGGCGUCACUACAGACCCUGGUUCGAUUCCAGGCUGUAUCACAGCUGGCCGUGAUUGGGAGUCCCAUAGGGUGGUGCACAUUUUGUCCAGUGCCGUCAUUAGGUAGGCUGUCAUUGUAAAUAAGAAUUUGUUCUUAUCUGACUUGCCUAGGUCAAUAAAUAAACCGUGUUGAAGUUUAUGUAAAUACAUUAUCGUCAAUUGGAAAAGAUGAGUGUCACAGGGUUGAUGCCCAAGUGGAUACAUUGCAUUCAAUGGGCAAAGAUAAGCAUCACAAUAUGAACGCAUAGAGAAAGGCUUCACAGACAUGACAAUCU